AUCUCACACUCAAAAACCUCAGCCCACCUUACUCAUCUCAGCUUCAAUUUCUAUUCUAUUCUAUUCUCUUUUCUUUUUUUAUUUUUCUGAAACUUAAAAAAAUGGCAUCCUUUUCUUCUCAAUCUGUUUUGAAACUAUUCAUAAUUAUCUCAAUCGUUCAAAUUUCUUUAGCUGCUAGGAAGCUGAAUGAGCUAGUUCAAGAUCAACCUCAACUCUUGAGUUACCAUAAUGGCCCUCUUCUUUCUGGUAAAAUCUCUGUUAAUCUUAUCUGGUAUGGCAAAUUCAAGCCAUCCCAGAGAGCUAUAAUUUCUGAUUUCAUCACUUCACUAUCAUCAUCGUCUCAAAAUAGCCAACCCUCUGUAGCUUCAUGGUGGAAAAAAACAGAGGAGUACUAUAAUCUAAACUCUAAAAGAGCCAGACUUUCUGUUACAUUAGGCAAACAAAUAGUGGAUGAAACGUACCCACUUGGAAAAUCACUUACAAACAAACAUAUUGUUGAAUUGGCUUCAAAGGGUGAUCAAAUGAAUGCCAUUAAUGUCGUUUUGACAUCUUCUGAUGUCUCUGUUGAUGGGUUUUGCUUAAACCGAUGUGGGACACAUGGGUCUGCUUCCGGAUCCAAAGCGGGUCACAUUAAGGGUAAGAAUUACAAAUUUGCUUACAUUUGGGUUGGUAACUCUGAAACUCAAUGUCCUGGUUACUGUGCCUGGCCAUUUCACCAGCCAAUUUACGGACCUCAAAGCCAGCCAUUGGUGGCACCCAACAACAAUGUGGGUCUUGACGGUAUGGUCAUCAAUUUGGCUACCCUUUUGGCCGGAACAGCAACGAACCCAUUUGGAAAUGGAUACUUUCAGGGUCCGAAAGAAGCUCCACUGGAAGCUGCAUCGGCUUGUCCCGGAGUUUAUGGGAAAGGGGCUUAUCCUGGUUACGCCGGCGACUUGUUAGUGGAUUCAACAACCGGUGCUAGCUACAAUGCUCAUGGAGAUAAUGGCCGCAAAUAUUUACUUCCUGCUUUGUACGAUCCUUCUACAUCUGCUUGUUCAACUUUGGUCUAAAAUUAUUAGGGAUGGAUUAGGAUUAAGUUUAAUCUUUAGAUAUAAAUUAAUUAGUGGAAUGGAAUGAAUGUAUACUCUAUAUAGUGGUCCUAUUAUAAACGAGAGCAGAAAGACACGUUGUCAUUUUUUGAUUUGUUAAUUAAUUUUGGCUUAUUCGGAUUAAUAAUAGUAAAGCAAAUUAUUUUA